AUGAGCUGCCUGGAUGUUAUGUACCAAGUCUACGGUCCUGCCCAGCCGUACUUCGCAGCAGCCUACAGCCCCUACCACCAGAAACUCGCCUUUUACUCCAAAAUGCAAGAAGCCCCGGAGAGCGGCAGCAGCGCCAGCACCAGCAGCUCCUUCUCCAGCCAUGCCCCGGCCAGCAUCAAGGAGGAGGACUGCAGCCCCGAGAAGGAGCGACCCCCCGAGGCCGAGUACAUCAACUCCCGGUGCGUCCUCUUCACCUACUUCCAGGGGGACAUCAGCGCCGUGGUGGACGAGCACUUCAGCCGGGCGCUCAGCCAGCCCAGCAGCUUCUCGCUCGGCAGCGCGAAGGCGGCGCGGAACGCCGGCUCCUGGCGGGACGGCUCCUUCCCUAUGAGCCAGCGCAGCUUCCCACCAUCCUUCUGGAACAGCACGUACCAGCCCUCCUCCGUCCCCGCCACCCUGAGCAGCCCCUUGGCGGCUGCCACCCACAGCGAGCUGCCCUUCGCCACCGCCGACCCCUACUCACCGGCCUCGCUGCAUGGCCACCUGCACCAGGGCGGCCCCGAGCCCUGGCACCAUGCCCACCAUCACCACCACCACCACCACCACCCCUACAUCGGGACACAGAGCAGUGCCUACCCCCGUCCCGCCACCAUGCACGAGGUCUAUGGACCCCACUUUGACCCCCGCUACGGCUCGCUGCUAGUACCCACCGCCUCUGUCCGCCCCCACCGCCUCACGCCCGCCUCCGUACCCACGCCAGUCAGCCCCCAGUGCGAACUGGGCAAGAGUGAGGCGGGGGCUGCUGCGGCCUGGACGACACCAGGACCCUUCCCCAACACUGCGGGGGACAUGGCACAGAGCCUCAGCCUCAAUGUGGAUGCAGCUCGACGUUACUCCUUCUGUGGUGGAUCCCUUCUGAGCUGAUCUGCUGCCUCAAAGCCUUCUAGAUCCCCCUUGCUCUUUUCCAAGCCCACUGUGGCCCUGAAGCUCAUGGAAAGACAACGGGACUUAAAACGGCCUGGCAAUGCGAGGACGGUACUUUAGACUCAUUUUGGAGAGGAAAAUCCUUCUGUUGAAAGAGGAGAGCCAAAGACUUUGAACUUUUAUUUAAACAAAUUCCACACUGAGAACUGCAGUCAGACUACUUUAAAAGAGUCAAAUGACAUGUCAGAUGGUGAUGCAAAACCACUGGUCUUCUUACAGGUGACAGAGGAAAUCUUCUUUUUUUAGUGGUGUGAAUAUUUUUUUUUAUGGCAGUGAAAAUUAUUUCUUGAAAGCAAUGUGGGAAAACUAUUUAGCAAUUUUGAACUGGAUUUUUACUUUAUAGAAAAGUAAAAGGAGAAGAAGUUGGGAAUUCAUGAACAUUUUUGGACUAUCAAAAAACUGGUCAGAUCUUUCAGCUUUGUGGUUAUGAGUGGCAAGUGUCUAGCUUGGGCCACCUGCCUUGGGCUUACAGAAAUGCAGCUGUUCCAGGAACAACUGUUCAAAAUCCAGAAAUAUGAAAACCAAGGUGGCACUUCUCAGAGUUUGGCACAACAUUUGCAUUGGAUAUAUAUAUAUAUAUUUUUUUUUUUACAAGAAACAUUUUACCAUGAAAGAAAAAUCCUAUUAAAGAAGGGGGAGGGAAGAGAAAUGUGAAGAAACUGCUCCACCCCAUCCCAACGGCCUUUAAGAGGAACACCACAAAGAAAGGCACAUAAGGGACAAUAGGUCUGGGUUGCCUCUAAUAUUUCUCUUUGUCUAUGUGUUGCUGUCAUUUUGUCACUUUAAUAGGUUUUU